AUGGGCGACGCAGCAGUGCUCCAGGCAUAUCUGAUGGGGGCGGUUGAAGCACGGCCGGUGCUGGACAAGGCGCGUGCGCUGCGGUUCAAUGGCCAGUGGCGGGCGGCGCGGGCGGCGCUGCAUGCCCAUGUCGAGGUCUCGGCCUCGGCUUCUAUGUACGACGCCGAGCUGGCGGUGGUGGUGGCGACAUCGACCGAGGACGAGGACGAUCUGCGGGCGGCGCGCGAGGCGCUCGACACGGUUACUGCCGUUGUAGCUCGCGUCCGUGCCGCCCUCGACUCGGGCAUCAUCAAGUCGUUCAAGAAGCUCUUCCGCAGCAAACGGACCGCCACACCCGGAGCCGCGCCGCCUUGGAUUGACGACAACGCCCGCGCGUUGAUCGAUGCCGAGCUGACGCUCGCCGAGGGCAUUGCCGACGGCCUCCUCUGCGUCCUCCAGUUCCGAUCCGGCGCGUAUGUUAAGGGCGGCUUCUCCGUCCGCCGCGCGUGGAAGGCCAUCGCCAAGGCCCGCACUCUCCUUGCCGACGAGAUGGCCGCUCUUGCCGAUGCCGGCCCGGCCGAGUUCGAGCCAGUGCCCGAGUACGUCAAGGCUGCAGCCAGCGCGUCGGGCGGCGCAGCGUCGUCGGAUGCGCCGCCGCCGGCCCGGCUUGCCCUUUUUGCCACUGCCGCUCCGUUUGAUCGCAUGGUGGUGGCGGUCGGCCCCGAGGCCGACGGCGACACCCGCGCCUGCCUCGACUUCUCGUACCUGGUCUCGUGGGCACAUCUGGGCCUUGCAGCCUUUCUGUACAUAUUCUCGCGGGUCCCGCCGUCAUGGACUUGGCUCACCCGGCUCAUCGGGUUCGAGGGCGACGCCGACGCCGCGCUUGCGCUGCUCUGCGCGGGCUACGCCUACCCGUCGCUCGAGGCGCCGACCUGCGGCCUCCUCCUCGCCACCAUCUACAUGUUUGUCUUUGCCGAGGACGACCGCGAGAAGGAAGCCGCCGGCGCGGCGAUUGUGGCCGACGGUCUUGCGCCGCUGCUCCCAGACUCGUACUUGGUGAACAUGGUCCUUGGCUACUAUUAUCGCCGGAACGGCGAGAUGGAGGCGGCACACAAGGCCUUUGGCGUCCUACACGCUCGGGCCGAGGUUGAGCAGCUGCGCCGGAAUUCGGGCCGUGAGCUUGCGCGCUGCUUCCUCGGCACCCGCGAGUACGACGCGGCCAUUCCGCUGAUGGAGGACUUUCUGGCGUACACCACGGCGCCGACCUGGCUCCCAUGGGCAACAUAUCAGCUUGCCAUUGCCUACGCUUCGGUGGGGCGUACCGACGACGCCGCCCGCGCCAUGGCCGACCUGCUCCUACUCGACGCCCCGGCCCGCCGCGCGUUCUCGGCCUACGCCGCCCGCCGCGCCGCCCAGUUUGCCGCCCGUGGCUCCUUCCGCCCCGCCGAGCUCGCCUACUCGCAGGCCUACUUUUGCCGCGACUGUGCCUCGUACGACCAGGGGCUCGACGUCGUCGAUGCCGCCCUUGCUGCCGGCGCCGACAACUCGGAGCCCGAACCCGAGGUUCUCGCCCAGACCGCCAUGCUCGGCUACAUGCGGGUCUCGCUCCUGCACAAGCUCGAACGCUUCGACGACGCCUACACUGCCGGCACCGAGCUUCUUGCCUCGGUGGCCGAGGCCAAGACCCGCGGCGUCUUCUCCGAUCUCACAGAGCUCUCCGAGUACUGGGCCGUCCCGUGGACCGAGGCCGAGAUGGCGGCGCUUGCCCUCAAGCGCGGCGCGCUCGCCGAUGCCCGCACCCACAUCGCCGCUGCCGAGGCCGUCAGCUCUGACUAUGACUUUUCCCGCCUUGUUGGCAUCCGCUGCAAGUCGCUUACCGAAGACAUUGGCAAGGCCGAGGCCAAGGCUCUGGCCGAGCCCACAUCCGAUACGGCGGCGGAGGCAUCAAACGAGGAGACGGGCGGGAAGCGGGCCAAGGUUCUGGACGGAGCGGUCAAAGUCAAGGCAGCCAAGGUGAAGCCGACGAUCACACUGGCUAUUCCGGGCUCGAUCAUCGGCAACGCACAGACGCCUGCGCUGCGGACGUUCCUUGCUGGGCAGAUUGCCCGGGCACUGGCGGUGUUUGAGGUGGACGAGGUGGUGGUCUUUGGCGAGGGCACGGCAGGCUCCGAGACCUCGACCCAGCGGUGGGAUCUGUUCCUGCUCAAGCUGCUGUCGUACCUGGAGACGCCGCAGUACCUGCGCAAGUCGCUCUUUCCCAUCUCGGCCGAUCUGCGGUCGGUCGGCAUCCUCGCUCCGCUCGACACCCCGCACCACAUGCGGAUCGACGAGUGGUCGCGCUACCGCGAGGGCGUGACCAAGAAGAUGAACAUUGCCCGCCGCCCGCGCCCGGGCAUGGGCUCGCUCGUCAACGUGGGCCUCUGGCAGGACAUCCGCGUCGACAAGAUGCUCCGCGACGGCAUCCGCAUCACCGACAAGAAGGGCAAGGUCCGCGGCCGUGUCGUCUCGCCCGACGAGCCGCGCAAGGCCGGUUUCUACUGGGGCUACACCACCCGUCUCGCCUCCACCAUCUCCAAGGUCUUCUCCGAGUCGCCCUACGACGGCGGCUACGACUGCACCAUCGGAACCUCGGAGCGCGGUACCGAUGUCUACGAGCCGGGCCUCUCUCUCGACGGCCUCACCGCCGCCAAGCACGUCCUCAUUGUCUUUGGUGGCGUCCACGGCCUCGAAGACUCUGUCGAGGCCGAUCCCGACGUCCUUGUCGACUCGCCCGCCGAGCUCUUUGACUACUACCUCAACACCUGCCCGCACCAGGGCUCCCGCACCAUCCGUACCGAGGAGGCCAUCUUUAUUUCCAUGGCCGGCAUCCAGCACCACCUGGCCAAGGCCCCGUGGUGGAAGUCGGCCUCUAACUCACUCGGCGCGCUCCACGGCGCCGCAGUCAAGCCGCAUGCCCCGCAACAAUGA